AUGGAGGUCGGCCGGGGCUAUCAGGGUGGAGGGCGGCCUGUGGCGGAGAGGGCCGCCGGCAAGCUCGAGCAGCGGCCUCAGGCGGAGGCGGCCUCGAGCAGCGGCGCGCGGAGCCGGGGUCACCAGGGUGGCGGCGUCCCCUCGGGCGGCACAGCGUCCUGGGCCGGUGGCGGCAAGGCAGGCGAGCGGGGGUGCUGGCGGUGGGGUAGGGUGGCGCGGCGGCGCCAGGUCUUGGCGGCGCUACCCGAGCCCGUCCUGCGACGGUGCCGAGGGCUGCCGGCGAGCCUCGGACGGAGGCGAGCUCGAGCAGCGGCCUCGGGCGGAGGCGGCCUCGAGCAGCGACGCGCGGAGCCGGGGUCACCAGGGUGGCGGCAUCCCCUCGGGCGGCACAGCAUCCUGGGCCGGUGGCAGCGGGGCAGGCGACCUGGGCUGCUGGCGGUGGGGCGGGGUGGUGCGGCGGCGCCAGGUCUCGGCGGCGCUAUCCGAUCCCGGCCUGCGGCGGUGCCGAUGGCUGCCGGCGAGCCUCGGACGGAGGCGAGCUCGAGCAGCGGCCUCGGGCGGAGGCGGCCUCGACCAGCGGCGGAGCCGGGGUCACCAGGGUGGUGGCGUCCUGGGCCGGUGGUGGCGGGGUGA